AUGCUCACUUCUAGUAAUCAGUAUUUGAGACCGGAUUAUCUGUCGCCUUUGCCGACCACGCUCGACGCGAAAAAGAGCCCGUUGGCACUACUCGCACAGACCUGCAGUGCGAUCGGCGCUGACACACCCAACCCCAAGCUGAUAUCUGCCGCGGAAAAAGCGAGCAAAAAAUACGAAGACAAACCGAUGCAUGUGGAUAACAAACCGAGUUUUAAGCCUUAUGAGUCGUGCCUGACGAGAGAAAAGACUAGAACGCCCGAAGACAGGUCCGCUUCGGUUAACGCUCAUCCUAAAACACCGUCUUCUAAGGGCAGCGCUUCGACGACUCCCGUUCAAGCCCGAUGUCAUAGCAACCAAAGUUCUUCAUCACAGAGAACGUCACCUCCAGCUCAUCGCAAAACACCGUCGGAAAAAUCGGAUGAGAGAUCAAGCCCACUGCACUCACCCGCUCAAACCAAAUCAAGUUCAGAAUCUAGCUCAUCUGCGAAGUUACCAUAUCCUCACACUAGUUUAGCGUCCACCGCUGACACCAAAGAACCCUCAAGUUUUAAACCCAGCAUACCAGUCAGUUCUUCAGCUUUCCUCGGUGGAUUGCCUCCUACCGGAUUCCCGUUGCAUAUGGAUUUAAUGACUAGUAGCAUAAUGGCAGCUCAACACCAAGCUUUAAAGAACGGAUUGAAUCCUUAUCUUGCCUAUGCCCGAAUGAAAGCUCCCGGCGGCGAUCUAGGUAUGUGUAGAGAUCCAUAUUGCACCGGAUGCUCUCUAAGUUCGCAUUUAUUAAAAUCUGCAGUAUGUCCAGCUGGCUGUGCCCAAUGUGAUCAUGCUAAAACUCCGUUUCCAUUACCAGCGAACCAUCCAGCAGCGGCGGCAUACGCUCACGCACAACUAGCGGCUCUCGCUGCCGCAUCUCAACUACCAUUCGUGUGCAGUUGGAUGGCCGGUGACUCUGCAUACUGUGGCAAGAGAUUUGCAACUUCGGAAGAAUUGCUGCAACAUUUACGCUCCCACACGGCCAGUGGUGAAUCCAGUCCUAGUCUGUCCAUGCUAAGCGCCACUCACCCGCUCCUCCAGAGGACGUACCCGACCCCGCCCCUGUCUCCGCUGACUCCUCGUUUCCAUCCAUACAGCAAGCCCUCUCACCUGGUCUCCUCACCGCCUCUGCCGUUUCCUCUCCCGCCACAUCCAUCGCUAGCAGCCUAUUUCCCCUCCUAUCCCCUCUUCGGACCGCGUCCUCUUCACCCUUGA